GAAUUACUUCUUGAGCUGACUCUGGAUGACUUCUCUCGCAGCAGUGCGGAAGUACCAGAGCAGUAACUGCGCGGGUCGGUCCACGCUGUGAAGAGAGAGGGGGGCGUUACAGACACCCGAACCAACUCCGCUACAGUGUACUCGUAUGUGUGGCAUGUGACAGUUAGAGGGCGUCCAGUUACGAGAAGGAACAGGAAAGCAGGUCGUUUGGCUACAAAGAGCUCGACCUGUAGAAGGUGCACGCAGAGCUCUCCGGUGGUUCCCCGGCUCCCGCUGUGACCGAGAUGGAGCGGUUGUGCGGACCAAAGCUUCCCUUCUGGGUAUCCAAUCGGACAUUUAAUUCAAGUUGGCCUGACCUCCCAGAGUGUUUUCAGCUCUCUGUUCUCUCAUGGGUGCAGUGCAUCUAUCUGUGGGCUGUCAGCCCAAUCUACAUCUUCUGUCUCAAGAAGAACAAGAAAGGAUACAUCAUGAUGUCACUUUUGAACAGGUUCAAGACGGCAUUUGGCCUUUUGCUGUGGAUUGUGUGCUGGACAGAUCUUUUCUACACAUUGCACGAGGGCAAACAGCCGCCCAUCUACUAUGUAACCCCACUCGUGCUUGGCAUGACCAUGCUGUUGGCCACGUUUCUGAUCCAGUUUGAGAGGUUACGCGGGGUCCAGUCCUCGGGGGUCCUCUUCAUCUUUUGGUUGCUGUGUUUGCUGUGUGCCACCGUGCCUUUCCGCUCCAAGAUCCUACAGGCCUCCAGCCAGGGCGAAGUCACAGAUAAGCUGCGGUUCACCACAUUCUACUUCUACUUCAGCAUGGUGGUCUGUGAGUUCAUUCUCUGCUGCUUCAACGAGAAACCUCCUCUCUUCUCCAAUGUUGUCACUGACCCUAAUCCUUGCCCUGAAGCUACAGCAGGUUUUCUCUCAAAGAUCACUUUUUGGUGGUUCACAAGUAUGGCUGUAAAAGGCUACAAAAUGCCCCUGGAGGCCAAAGACCUGUGGUCUCUGAACAAGCGCGAUAGCUCCAAAGUCAUGGUGCCCAGGCUCCUUAAUGAGUGGGAGAAGGAGGAGGCCAAGGCAAAGUUAAGUGAAGAGAAUGUGGCUAGCCAGGCUACGUACACCAAGCCCCCGCCGUCAACCACCAACCACAUCUCAGGAGGAGGAGGAGGAGAAGGCGAAAGCAGCCCAGAGGAAGUAGAGGUGCUGCUGUCCAGUAAGAAAGUUGCGCACCAGCCAUCCUUCCUUCGCGCCCUCAUCAAGGCCUUUGGACCCUACUUUCUGAUUGGCUCAGGCUACAAGCUCCUGCAGGAUAUCAUCACCUUUGUCAACCCUCAGCUCCUGAAGAUGCUGAUCUCGUUCAUUAAAGCGAAAGAUGUUCCUAAUUGGUGGGGGUACACGCUGGCCUGCCUUAUGUUCUUCACGGCCCUCCUGCAAACCCUCAUACUCCAUCAUCAUUUUCAGUACUGUUUUGUCACUGGCAUGAAUGUGCGCAGUGCUGUCAUCGGAGCUAUCUACAGGAAGGCACUAGUGAUAACUAAUGCAGCCAAGCGUUCAUCUACUGUGGGAGAGAUAGUCAACCUGAUGUCUGUGGAUGCGCAGAGGUUCAUGGAUCUGACCACCUUCCUUAACAUGCUGUGGUCUGCCCCUCUUCAGAUUAUGCUGGCACUAUAUUUCCUCUGGCAGAUCCUCGGCCCGUCUGUGUUUGCUGGGGUGGCUGUUAUGAUCCUGCUGAUCCCUUUCAAUGCAUUUAUCGCUAUGAAGACUCGAGCCUAUCAGGUGGAGCAGAUGCAGCAUAAGGACGCUCGUAUCAAGCUGAUGAACGAGAUCCUGAACGGCAUCAAAGUCCUCAAGCUGUACGCGUGGGAGAACUCCUUCAAACAAAAGGUCCUGGCCAUUCGGCAAAAGGAGCUUAUCGUGCUACGCAAGACGGCCUACCUCGGAGCACUGUCCACCAUGGCCUGGACCAGUGCGCCUUUCCUGGUUGCCUUGACAACAUUUGCCGUGUAUGUAACUGUGGAUAAAAAAAACAUCCUGGAUGCAGAGACGGCCUUCGUGUCGAUCUCGCUUUUUAACAUCCUUAGGUUUCCCCUCAACAUGCUUCCCCAAGUCAUCAGCAGCCUGGUACAGGCGAGCGUCUCAUUGAAGCGAGUCCAAAAUUUCCUGAGUCAUGAUGAGCUGGAUCCAGAUUCCGUAAACAGGAACAACACAAGCACAGAGUUUGCAGUCACGGUUGUCAAUGGGAAAUUCACGUGGGGGAAAGACGACGCUCCUGUUCUACACAAUAUUAACGUGAUGGUGCCCCAGGGCUCCCUGCUGGCUGUGGUGGGCCAUGUUGGCUGUGGGAAGUCUUCCCUGAUCUCAGCAUUACUGGGUGACAUGGAAAAAGUGGAGGGAGAGGUUUCUGUUCGGGGAUCAGUCGCUUAUGUACCUCAGCAGGCCUGGAUACAGAACGCCACCCUGCGGGACAACAUCCUGUUCGGGAAUCCGUACAAUGAGCAGAAAUACAAUUCUGUCCUGGAAGCGUGCGCCUUAACCCCAGACUUGCAGGUGCUGCCUGGAGGAGACAUGACUGAGAUUGGAGAGAAGGGCAUCAAUCUUUCUGGUGGUCAGAGACAGAGGGUGAGCCUGGCUCGAGCUCUGUACAAUGAUGCUGAUGUCUAUCUGUUGGAUGAUCCGCUGUCCGCUGUGGACGCCCACGUGUCCAAACACAUCUUUGACAAUCUGAUUGGCCCAGAAGGGGCUCUGAAGGGCAAGACACGCAUCCUGGUGACACAUGGCAUCAGCUUCCUGCCUCAGGUGGAUAAUAUAAUGGUGAUGGUGGAUGGCCGGGUGUCAGAGAUGGGCUCUUAUCAGGAUCUUCUCAAACAGAACGGAGCAUUCGCCGAGUUCCUCAGAAAUUAUGCCCUGGAGGAUAUUAUAGAGGAGGAUGAGGCCGGCGAUGAGAUCAUUGAAGAUGACGAAUUGUUCCCCGAUGACGCCCUUAGCAACCACACAGACAUGGUGGACAGUGAACCAAUGAUCAAUGAAGCAAAAAGAAGUUUUAUAAGGCAGAUGAGCAUUAUGUCAGCAGACGGAGAGAACCCCAGGUCCCGAUCAGUAAGGAGACAUGGCUGCAGCCAGCGGAAACAUUCAGAGUCGCAAGACAAGAAGAAACCACGCGAGAUGGAGAAACUCAUCCAGGCAGAAACGGCAGAAACCGGCCAGGUGAAAGGAAAGGUGUACCUGGAGUAUGUCAAGGCAGUCGGACCACUGCUGUCAGUGGUCAUCUGCUUCCUGUACGGCUGUCAGAGCGCUGCCGCCAUCGGAACAAACAUCUGGCUCAGCGAGUGGACCAACGACGCCGUGACGAAUAGCACCACGGAAAAUGUUCAGAUGAGGGUGGGGGUGUACGCGGCACUGGGGUUUGCACAAGGUGUGCUGCUGUUGAUUAACUGCCUGCUGUGCCGGGCCUACAGUAUGCUGCAGGCAGCCAAGCUCACACACCGCAACUUACUUCAGGGGGUCCUGCGAGCUCCGCAGGGCUUCUUCGAGAGCACCCCCACUGGGCGGUUACUAAACCGCUUCAGCAAAGAUGUGGAUGCUAUAGACUCCCAGAUCCCAGACAAUAUUGACAUAUGGAUGCGCACUUUCUGGUACACACUGAAUGUGCUGCUCAUAUGCUGUGCCCUCACCCCAAUGUUCCUCAUAGUCAUAGCCCCGUUAAUGGUGUUCUAUUGGUGGGUUCAGAGAUUUUACGUUGCCACGUCUCGGCAGCUAAAGCGUCUGGAGUCGGUCAGCCGCUCUCCCAUAUACUCCCAUUUCUCUGAGACCAUCACUGGCUGUAGUGUAAUCCGAGCAUAUGGCAGGCACUCUGCCUUUGUUCUGAUGAGUGAUAUGAAAGUGGAUGAGAACCAAAAGAGUUACUACCCUGGUAUAGUGUCAAACAGGUGGCUCGGAGUGCGAAUUGAGUUCAUUGGAAACUGCAUUGUGUUGUUUGCUGGCCUGUUUGCGGUGACAGGAAAGGACAGUCUUAGUCCCGGCCUCGUGGGUCUGUCGGUGUCCUAUGCUCUACAGGUGACCAUGUCUUUGAACUGGAUGGUGCGGAUGACUUCAGAACUGGAGAACAACAUAGUAGCAGUGGAGAGAGUGAAGGAGUACUCUGAGACCAAGACAGAGGCCCCCUGGGAGGUGGAGGACAAGAAGCCCCCACUUGAAUGGCCCAUGCAGGGGAAUGUGGAGUUCAACGACUACAGCGUUCGGUACCGAGAGGGACUGGACCUCGUUCUGAAGGACAUCACGCUAAAAGUCAAGGGAGGAGAGAAGAUCGGUAUCGUGGGUCGUACUGGGGCUGGCAAGUCCUCGAUGACGCUCUGCCUCUUCAGAUUGCUGGAAGCUGCGGGAGGCGAGAUCACCAUCGACAACGUGAAGAUAUCAGAGAUAGGCCUGCACGACCUGCGGUCUAAACUCACCAUCAUUCCACAGGAGCCUGUGCUGUUCUCUGGGACACUGAGGAUGAACCUGGACCCUUUUGAGAAGUACAGCGAUGAAGAGGUGUGGAAAGCCCUGGAACAUUCUCACCUCCACAAGUUUGUCAGUAACCAGGCAGCAAAACUGGACCUAGAAUGUUCAGAGGGAGGAGAGAACCUCAGUGUGGGCCAGAGGCAGCUAGUGUGUUUAGCUCGAGCCCUCUUGAGGAAGACCAGGAUCCUCAUCCUUGAUGAAGCUACUGCUGCUAUCGACCUGGAGACGGAUGACCUCAUCCAAUCCACCAUCAGGACUCAAUUUGAAGACUGCACUGUCUUCACCAUUGCACACAGACUCAACACAAUAAUGGAUUAUACAAGAGUGCUGGUGUUGGACAAGGGACGGAUAGCCGAGUUUGAUACUCCUACAAACCUUAUAUCUAAGAGAGGAAUCUUCUACGGCAUGGCUAAAGAUGCAGGACUGGCACAGUAGAACUGCCUUUUUGUCCCGAUGUUGUAAACCAGAGUCUGGAAUUCAGCUCAGUUCACUUCAGUCUGACUCUGUUUUAAACCUGGCAGUGGAACUGAAGAAUACUUUCUGUGUGCACUUGUUAUCAUUUUCAGGAACCUUAUUGCUGUCUUUGAAUGAAGCAUGAGCUCCUCUGCAGACUUGGGUCAUUUAGCACUUGCAAGUAGUUGCAGUGUCUGUCAAAAAACACAUCAGGACAUAAUCAAAUGUUUCAGUAGGAAGUUUCUGGCUCUGAUUGUCCUGCAAGUAAAAAAAAAAAAAAGCCAUAAGUGCAAAUGCCAUUUGAGCCAAGUCUGCUCUCUAGUGCCUUCUGCCAGUGGGAUAAAGAAAGCCAGUGAAUGUAUCGUUUUCUAAUCGGCUCUCUGCUGCAAAACAAACAACAUGACAACAAAAAAAGGAGGAACUUUUUUAAUUUCAUAUUUUCUACAAAGAAGAAUAAUGUGCCACUGUACCUUUCACAUGAGAAAAAAACCCUACAUUUUUGUGAUAAACCCACUUAUUUUUGUACUGUACUAUUAUUUAAGCUACUUUUUAAGAAUUGUCUUAUCUAGGGAAGUGUGCUCAGUUACUUAUGUGAUUCUUCUGUGAACCAAAUCUAUAAAAACUUGAAUUAUGUACCACCAAAAUCUGAAUUAUGAAAAUGCCUUUAUAUAUAAAAAAGGAAGAACAAAA